UAAAUAAACCACCCCCACCUCUACCUUAUGCUAUUGUUUGCUAUUUCAACAAGCUAAAAAUGGAGAAGAAGCACAAACGGCUGAACGAGUAAUGAAUAACUUGUGCGUGAGGCGUGGCAGUGGCAGGAUACUCCUCCCGAGAUAGAACAUGGUGGACCAGAAGGUCUAAAAUCUUUGACGUCUGUACUCCCAUAGACAAUUAAACUACCUUCUACAAGUACCAUACAACCCCACCAUCCUCUUGAACGCUCUCAAUCUCCUCCUUCCUCCGCUUCCUCCGCCUUCCGCCUAUCAACUGGUCACUGGCGUGCACUAAAUCAUGUUCAUCGCCACCACCAUUUCCGCUUCUUUCUCACCAAUGGGGAUAGCAAAAACCCCUAAUUGCCGCACAUCGCCGGUUGUUGGAGUAUGGGCGGAGGUUUUCCCUCCGUUUCUGCCCAAAGAAAUGGAGAAGAUUAAGGAUCCGUUUGCUCGAAGAUUAGCUUCAAGGAUUGAGAGACUGCCUGUGGAGCUUAGCAUCUCAAAUACUUGUGUUAUGAGUAGUUGUGUGAAGCCAAAGAUAAAGGACACAACCAAUCCCCUUGUUCUACUUCAUGGGUUUGACAGUUCUUGUUUAGAAUGGAGAUACACACUGCCACUUCUUGAGCAGGCUGGAUUUGAGACAUGGGCAGUUGAUAUUCUGGGAUGGGGUUUCUCUAACUUGGAAAAGCUUCCACUAUGUAAUGUAGAAUCCAAGCGGGAUCACCUCUAUCAGUUUUGGAAAUCCUACAUUGGGAAGCCUAUGUUGCUAGUGGGACCGAGUCUUGGGGCAGCAGUUGCAAUUGACUUUGCAGUCAACCAUCCAGAAGCUGUUGAUAAGCUGAUUUUGCUUGAUGCAAGUGUUUAUGCAGAAGGCACUGGAAGCCUCUCUAGGUUACCCAAAUUUGUAGCUUAUGCUGGUGUCUCUGUGUUAAAGAGCCUCCCAUUGCGUCUUUAUGCAACUAGUUUGACUUUCAAUUCUCUUCCAUUCAACACAUGCUUAGAUUGGACUCGUAUUGGGCGCUUACAUUGUCUAUUACCUUGGUGGGAAGACGCUACUGUUGACUUCAUGAACAGUGGGGGCUACAAUGUCACUUCCCAAAUCAAUCAGGUUCUGAAUAAAACACUUAUAAUAUGGGGUGAAGAUGAUCAAAUCAUUGACAGCAAACUCGCAGUGCAAUUACAUUGUGAGCUUCCAAAUGCUAUAAUUCGCCAAAUUCCAAAAUGUGGUCAUCUCCCACAUGUUGAGAAACCGGAUGAUGUGGCAAAUUUGAUUAAAGAUUUCAUUGAGACGAAAAAUGUUCCAGUGUUAUUGAAGAAGGAAGAGAAGAAGGUAUUGGUUCCUCAGUUUGAAUAGAUUUAUAUAAGUUGAAACUUUUUCAAGUGUGUGUGUGUGUGUUAGGAUUUGUUUAUCUCGUAGAGAUUUGGGAUUUUGUAAAUAAGAAACAUAGGUUUCCUGUGUUUUAAUUAUUCAUUAGAUGUUUAAAGUUGUGGUUGAUUGUUUGAA